CGGCCGGGCCGGAACAGCGGCGGCGGCGGCGGCAGGCCCGGCCCCGGGAUGGCGAUGUUCCGCAGCCUGGUGGCUUCGGCGCAGCAGCGACAGCCGGCGGGCGGGCCGGCGGGCGGCGACAGCGGCCUGGAGGCGCAGUACAGCUGCCCGAUCUGCCUGGAGGUGUACCACCGGCCUGUGGCCAUCGGCAGCUGCGGCCACACGUUCUGCGGGGAGUGCCUCCAGCCCUGCCUCCAGGUGCCCUCGCCCCUCUGCCCGCUGUGCCGCCUGCCCUUCGACCCCAAGAAGGUGGACAAGGCUGUGCAUGUGGAGAAGCAGCUCUCGUCCUACAAGGCGCCGUGCAGAGGCUGCAGCAAGAAGGUGACGCUGGCCAAGAUGAGGGUGCACGUCUCCUCCUGCAUGAAGGUCCAGGAGCAAAUGGCCAACUGUCCCAAGUUCGUCCCCGUGGUGCCCACAUCCCAGCCUAUCCCCAGCGCCGUCCCCAACAGGUCCACCUUCACUUGCCCCUACUGCGGCGCCCGCAACCUGGACCAGCAGGAGCUGCUCAAGCACUGUGUGGACAACCACCGCAGCGACCCCAACCGCGUGGUGUGCCCCAUCUGCUCGGCGAUGCCCUGGGGGGACCCCAGCUACAAGAGCGCCAACUUCCUGCAGCACCUGCUGCACAGGCACAAGUUCUCCUACGACACCUUCGUGGAUUACAGCAUCGACGAGGAAGCCGCCUUCCAGGCUGCCCUGGCCCUGUCUCUGUCCGAGAACUGAAGGCACAGCCCAGCCCCUGGACCUGACCCCUCCGGCCUCAGGAGACUGGGCCGCCUCCGGGGACUGGGUCUCCCGCGCCUGCGCGGGACAAGCGGAGCCUCCUGUGUUGCGGGACAGGUGGUCCCCGAGCCCGCCAGGGCAGGGGUCCUCGGAGGGUGGACACCCGUGCUCCUGGCCGAGCACGGCUGGCUCCCUCGGUGCUUCGGGCUGAGCAGGUGGCCCUCGCUGGGCCCGUGAUCGGGGGCGGUCUGUCUCCAAGCCAUGCUGUCCUCGUCGGACCCGGUGCGCCCCAGCGGGGCCCCGCAGGCCUGUGCAGAGCAGGAAGCCCAGGGGAGCCCUGCCCACCAUGGGGGGGCCGCUUCCAGUUCACCCGCUCGGGACUGGCUUUUGUGAUACUUAGAAUUCUGGCAUUUUUCUAUACUAUCCAGCGUGAUGAUCUUUCCACAUUUUAUAGAGCAGUUACUGCUCGUACUGCAAUACCCGUGUUUGACUAGACAAUAGUAUUUUUAUGGAACAUUUACAAAAUUAUAUUUUUUAAAAAAACAAUCAAAAAUAAACAGUUAUGGGGUCUGGGCGGGGGAGCAAAAGGCGCCGACGCCAGAGCCAGAGCGCGCCCCCGGGGCUUUGCUCAGACAGAUCCUGGCGCUGCUCUGCUGGGUUCCCCUUCCUAACUGCCAGGAGGAACCCCCCGGGUCCCCCAGCUGCUCGCAGAGGCUCCUGACUCCGCGGUCGCCCCAGCAGCGCCGGCUCCUCCCACUGGGGGUCCCGGCCCCGCCCUGCUGUCUUCUCCCCAGGCGGACCCCCAGCGCUGUCGGUAGGCCGCCCUGGGAGGACAGCAGGGCCUGGAAGACGCCGUCUUACUCUCGCAGUUCACGGCAUAAAUUAUUGCUCUUUUAGAAAAACUUCAAUAAAACAUUUCAAAGCA